AUGGUAGAAGAUUUGAAGGAGGGAUACGUGUGGACGUCGAGCAGCGAUGGCAGCAGCAGUAACAGCAGCAGCGCCGAAGAAGAGGGGGUGCCCACCCCGAGCCCCCGUCCUCGGACGCCGGGCUGCGAUCCCACACCGAGGCCCGCCCAGGCGGCCCACCCCUCGCCCGCCGUAUUGGCGUGGGUGAGUAAGGUGGUUGCCGAGGGUGGCGCCCCGGCAGGGGAAGAAGAGGCGGUUGCCACACCAAGGCGCGGAGGGUUGGCGGCCCUCCUUGCCCCUACCGCGCUCCCGGCGGCCAAAGAAGACGCCGUCCCCAUACCGGGAGUGACGGCCGGGGAGGGCGCCGUUGACAAGAUGGCUGUUGACACCCCGGAGGGUGCCGCCUGUCCCCCAUCGUCUGCCGACGGCGGCCGACGGAUGCCGCCAUCCCCACCGCCGCGGCUAGCGACCAGCGAUGGAGAGGCGACGGUCGACCCGGGGGUGGAGGCGGCGACCUUGCCGGCGAGCGAGGGCGAGGAGAGGAAGCGGCGGCGACGUCACCGAGAGCGGCGACAAGAAGCGUCCGCGCGGGAGGCUGCCGCGGCAACCGCGGUCGAGGAGGCCCGCCUCACCGAGGGGAGGAGAAAGAAAUCCCUAAAGGCACGCUAUCGCCGGGAGCGAGCGAGGGUGAGGGCGAUGGCCAACGCUGCGGCGGCAGUGGCGCCGCCGUUAUCAACACCGCCGGCGCAGUUCUCCACUCAUGCGCUCCCGACCGUUGUGAGAGCGCCGCCGGCGGAGCCUGCCGACACCGCCGCCGACGGGUGGGGGCCCGGUGGACGCCCGGAGCGGCCCCUCUUCGCAGGUGCCCCACUCCAGGCGGGGGCCGUGGGGUCAGGUCGAUGGGCCUGGUGUGUGGCCUGCGACCGCCCCACGCUGCAAACGUGGAGCAGCAGCGAGGGAGGCGGCGUCCGGCCCGUGGUGGCGCCCCACCAUCCCGCCGACAACCCCGCGGCCCCGUCGGCGACCCCCGCACCAUCCGGCACGACGAUGGCGCCAAUGGUCGUCGAUGAAGAUAUCCGCCGGAUGUCGGACGACACGCUACGCCGGGCCGACCUGCUCAACCGCCACCUACAGCUACGCGUCAUGAAGACGGCCUGGCUACUGGAGGAUGAAAAGGAGCGACGCAGAAAGCAGCUCCCGAGGACGUCCGGCUGA